GCGCGUACGUGCAUCAACACAAACUUGUGCAUUAAAAAGAUACGAUAACUGACUAAUUAAUUAAUGUUGCAAAAACUUUUUCUGUCAGGAAAAUGGGUGCCAACGUGUACAUUUCGUGUCAAUUCGUUUACAAAAAUAAAACCGAUCCUUGUUAUCAUCGUGAAUGUUGAGUUGAUUCAAAUUCCGUUCAUGCAUUUGGAUCUUUUAUUGGCUAUGUAUAGACGAUGAGAUUGGCACGCCAAAAGUAAAGCGCUUGGCAAACAUGUUACAAGGCUUCGAACAAAUGGGUAUAAAAGAAGAAAUAAUUUCGAUAGCCGAUUGGCAUUUAUCAAAAACAUUCAAACAUUCAUUUUAGAACAAUGACACAACAACAAUCGACAGCAUCUAUUGUCCUCUGCCUAUUGGUCAUGGUAUUCAUGGUCCAUUGGUCAUGUAUUCAGGCAGAAUCAUCACCGGUGGCACAAAGCAGCAGUGCCAAUUGGGAAGCCGAUACGAUUCCUACAUCACAAUCAAAGUCAUCACUGUCGACCAAUCUGAACGACAUAUCGGAUCGAUUAUAUCGCAUCAUUUAUAAACGAUUGGCCGAUACGACUGCAUCGGUAGAUCCGUAUGGCGAUUUAGAUGAUGUAGACCGCUUCAAUCGCCAAGAACGACAUUUACGGUUUGGAAAACGUUUCAGUUCACGAGCCAAAUAUAGUGAUCUUGAUUAUGGCCAUAUGCGUUUCGGACGACGUUGAAUCUUUCUAUUCAAAUACCAGAAUCGAUCGAUUCUUUCAUGAUAAAAUUUGAUCAAGCCACCAACAAAAAUCUUUAACAAAAUAAACUAAAACAAUUUUUUUUGUCCCUGUGUAAUCGACAAAAAUAUAAUCCGUUUUUAUACCCUAUUCUUCAAAAUAGGGAACAAUUUAUUCAAAAAUAUUAAAUAAAGAAUCCCUACUAUAAAC